CGGCUGCGGGCUGAGAAGACACAAGGGAAGUGGCUGUCGCCAGAGCCGGAGCCUCCGCCACCGCCGCCUUCAGAGCCGGGCCCCUCAGAGCCGCCGCCGCGCCGCCCCCCGCCGCGCCAUGCCGUCCGAGAAGACCUUCAAGCAGCGCCGCACCUUCGAACAAAGAGUAGAAGAUGUGCGACUCAUCCGCGAGCAGCACCCCACCAAAAUCCCGGUGAUAAUAGAAAGAUACAAGGGUGAGAAGCAGCUUCCUGUACUGGAUAAAACCAAGUUCCUUGUACCAGAUCAUGUCAACAUGAGUGAACUAAUCAAAAUAAUUAGACGGCGCCUGCAGCUCAAUGCCAACCAGGCCUUCUUCCUGCUGGUGAAUGGCCACAGCAUGGUGAGCGUCUCCACACCCAUCUCGGAAGUGUACGAGAGCGAGAAGGAUGAGGACGGCUUCCUGUACAUGGUCUACGCCUCUCAGGAGACGUUUGGAGUGAAAUUGGUGUAAGGCUGGCAGAAGCAUCUCUCCUAGAGUUUUUAAAACCCUUACACCAAGGCAAAAAAAAGGAUGUUACCAACUGAGCUCAACCAGUCAUCUAACCACAGGUCAUCCAGACAGUAGUGUCCCCACUUAGGAGUCAUAUGAAGUUGUAUUUGUAUUUUCAGCAGAAAAACAGUUCCAAAUGAGCACACUCAGCUUUGGAAAACUCUUAUUAUUUAACCUAGGACAUCUUGUUUUCAAAUUUUAGAAGUUUUAAAAUAAAAUACUUUACCUUUUAAGUUGCCAAUAAGAGACCUUUAAGUUACGUUAAUGCACUUUUCUCCCCAAUAGGAACUUGCAAUUCAAGCAGUAAUGAAAGGCGUUCAGGGGGGCACUGCCCUCCCUUUAGGUUCAGAACCUGCCGACUUUCUACAGAAGGGGUCCCCUGGACUGGAGACACCUCCACAGGAGGCUCCUGAAGCGCGUGUGGUCACGCGUAACUCCCCCAAGAGUCAUUUGCCAUCAUAGUUGGUGCAAAGCAGGGUGCAUGCGGAGUACGAACACAACUCUGACUCCCAACUGCCAGUCACCGUUCCUGGCUCCUAACAGGACGGAGACCAAGUCAGGACUCCCGCAGCUGUAGGAAGCUUGGUAAAACAGCGAGCUGCUGCUGCUUUGGUUUGUACUCUAGAGAGUUAUUUGCAUAAAAACACCAUGGCUUUGUAGGAAUCUUGAAUGACUUAGAAUUUUGGUCUGUCUUUUAAAAACGCUGAGAGAGAAAAGCAGUAGCAUUUCUUAUUUUGGAUUUUCUCUGAGACCUCAAACUAGUACCUGAUUUGGUAAAUAAGCAGUUGUAUUACUUUCAUGAGGACAGUGGUAGAAGCUAAAACUCAAGCACCAAACCUCAGAUGUAUGCCCUUCUAUCUUUUAACUUAAAGCUAUAGAUGAUUCACAUUAUCUGUUAAGUGUACAACUAAAAUAUGUUAUUAACUAUUUCUCACAUUUUUUAAGAGUACUUAUCACUGUUUCGUGAAACCAUCAAAAUUCCCCCACUCUUAAUUGCAUGUCAGUUGUGAAGAAAAUGUAGAAAUGGAGACCAUAGCUCUUUACAAAUGUUAAUGUCAAGAACUAAGCAUUUUCCAAACCCUGCCUAGAACAAGUGACUUGAUGCUUUCUGCUACUUGCAUGGGUUUACUAUUUACUAUUUUCGUGGGAGUAUCACAGAACGAUCACAGGUAUGUUAAUUUAGAGGUCUUUGUAGCAGGUCAGUCUAUUCUGUGUCUUUGGGUGUGUGUGGAAUGCCCGUAUCUCUUGGCGGGGAGAGCAGGCUUACUCCUGGGGUGCCCUUACCGAGCCUCGGAGGGACCCACCGCCUCCUCAGCUCCCCCCACCGCAUGCGUCUGUCCACACUGCUGACUUUGAAUAUGUGUAUUUUUACCACAUUAUGUAAAUUCUCCAUCGGCCUGUCUUGUUCAGAUUGUGUGUCAUUAUAUCUGACAUUCUUGUAACUACUGUGUAAUCAAUAAGAUUCCUAUAAGAAAAAAAAAAAAAACACUGCUUUUUAAAAAAACCAAAAAAACAAAAAUACCACACUGAGAGGUGGCUUCAUCCCGCG